AUGUUGUCGCCACCCCUCAGUACAAGGUCUUCUUUUGAGAGCCUACACAGCAACACUUCAUCAGUGCUCAGUUCACCAGAUAGACUUCCGCCAGCGGUAAACGGGUCUAUGGUAUGGCAAGGGAAAGAGCUUGAUCCAUCGGAAUAUGUUGUAAGAUUGAGUGAGGGUGAGAUUCGAGAUGUCAGAGCCGCCAUUAUAAAAUUUAAGCUCACCGGACUUUCACGCAGCGACAUCAGCCCAGAAACAUUCGAUCUUGGCAACGCACAACUAGCAAGCAAACUGUCGUCGCUAAGCAAACGUAUCCACCAAGGCCGGGGCCUCGUCGUAUUGCGUGGUCUAGACGCAGCCUAUUUUAACGACGAAGAAGCAGUUAUUGCAUUUGCAGGUAUAUGCUCGUACAUCUGCCCAGAGCGAGCUACGGAUUCAUACGCCAACCAAACCCUAAGCCACGUACUGGACGCAACCAAGAAGCCUGUUCCGGUAGAAUGCAGAGGCAUAGGACUCGCAGGCUCAAAAGUUACUUCUGCCAUGGACUUCCAUAGCGACCGCUUUUCUGGAGAUGUGCUUGCUCUGUAUGUUCGUAACGACGGGGGGCCUAACGCUGGCGGCGAGCAGUUCGUCGUUAGUUUUGCCCGGAUUUACAAUGAAUUGUUGGAAACAGAUCCAGAGGUUCUGGAGACGUUGGCAGAGCCAAACUGGCCAUUUGAGUUGAAGCAAAAAAACGGGGCCACUUACCUGUCAUACGGCCCCAUUCUAUUCUUCUCGUCAAACGGAAUGCCCAUAUGCCAACUCGUCAAAGCCCCGCUGCUCGGGACCCCCAGUCUCCCUCGCGCUGCACACCUGCCCUCGCUCAACCCGCAACAGCUCCACGCCGUCGACGCCGUCGAACGGCUAGCCCGCGAAUACAGCCACCAACUGUGCCGCCGCCAGGGCGACAUUCAACUCGUGCACAACCUGUCCAUCAUGCACGCUCGGUCCGCGUACGGCAGCAGCACCAGCACCAGCACGCAAAACGCACAGAGUUCGCGCCACUUGCUGCGCAUGUUCCUGCGCGACCCCGCCUGUGCGUGGGAGAAGCCUCGCUGGGCCGCCACGUCCUUUGACGAUCCCUUUGAAAAGGGUCGACCGCAGAAUCUUCCCGUCUACGAUAUGGAUCCUUGGCGCAUCAUUAGUGGCCGUGAGAGCCAUGGCUAG